UCUUCGGUAAGCGUUUCAAAGAGCAGUCGAUCUAUGUUAACAGGGAUCUCUCAUUUUUUAAAAAUUAUUUUUACCUUAAGUUGCUGAGAUUUUACAUACAUAUUGGAAUACAAGGUUGACAGGAUUAAAAAAUGAAGUCAAAGUUGAAUGUGGCGAAACAAUUACCGGCUGUCAUAAUUUGUAUUGCGGCGUUAGCGGUUUUAUUUCAAGUAAUAGGAAUCACUUCGUCUGGUUGGUUGGUGGCUCAAUUGAACUACGCAAAAUCAGGACAUACAAGUGCAUUAAACAAUAACAGCGAGAUCGAGAAAAACAUUCAAAACGGGAAGGCACAAAUAAACCCAUUGUCGGAACCACUAGCUCGUCCCAAUCAUAGAAUAUCAAAAAGAACAAUACCUGGAAAACUGAUCAACGAAAAUGGCGAUACCAUUAACAAAGAAGUCGUGUUGCCAGUAGAAGAUGCACCUUCUCCUCAGGUAAAUGCUAAUGCAAAAUUAGCGGAAAGAAACAAAACAAGUGCUAUACACAGACCAUUCUUUUUGAGACCGUUUCCAGUGCAACCAAAAGAACCAGUUAAUAAUGAUGGAAAUUUCAUACCUAAAGAGUCUGUCAAUGACAAAGCAGAAGUGACAAACAAUGCUCGACCGUUUCGUCCCAUGCCUAGACCAUUACCGACUAACAUUUUGCAUGCACAACCUCAAAACCCAGUUGAUAGUGGUGGAAAAGUUAUACCUAAAGAUCCUGUCAAUAAAAAACCAGAACAGGUAAACAAUUCUCGGCCAAUUCGUCCCAGACCAAUGCCUGCACGACCUCAAAAGCCAAUUGAUAGUGGUGGAAAGGUCAUACCAGGAAAGGUCAAACCAGGGCAGACAAACAAUGCUCCACCAAUGCGUCCGACACCACGGCCAAAACAUAUACAAAUUACGUCCAGACGACCUCAAAAACAGAUCGAUAAUGGCGGUAAAAUCUUCCCUGAAGGACAUAUUAAUGUUAAAUCAAGAGAGACAAAUAAAACACGGUCCACAACUUUGCCAACGAAGACGUUGCAUGAACGCCCUCAAAAACAGACCGAUGAUGGUGGAGCAAGUUUUCCUAAAGGAAAUACCAACGUUAAUUCAGAAGAAUUUAACAGUACAGGACCAGUUAAUCCGAUGGCAAGACAACUUCCUAGUAAAACACUGCUGCAGCGACCAGACAAAUUAAUUGAUGAUGGUGGAAAGACAAUUCCAAAAGAUACCGCACAUCCAUCCACGACAUCGACGGUGUUGUCCGAGAUACAUUUAACACAACCGUCUAGCGAAAAUGUAAAUUCUUUUGACGAAGAUAGUAACAGCACGCAAAGAGAUUCUAAGAACAGUGGAUCAAUUCAAAUAAAUCCUGAAGAUCUUAAUCAAAAUAGCGAGGAACCACACAAUAACCAAUUAAAAGAUAUUCCUAAUAAACCCCGUGUUCAAUUCCCAUCGAAAAGCGAUUCGCCGCCGUUAACCGCAAGAAAACCAGCGAUGACAGGAAAGGGUCCGUUUGCAAAACUCAACAGCUCAAGACAGAAACAACGAGAUAAUUUAUCACAGAUGGGUAAAACGGGAAACUUUCGAAUCGGAUUAUGGUCGUCAAUGGCAUGCCAAACAGAAAUCAAUGGGGAUGAAAAAUGCACACAACUUACCACACGGGACUGCCUUUUGUUAAUGCGCUCUGUGAUAAGAAGACCUUUAGCUGAUGAUAUCGGGGGAGUAGCAACAUGGCACAACAUUCGCAUUGAGACUAUUUUUGCAUUGGCCGCUGGCGCAGUCGGUUUCGUCGGAACGCUGUUAACAGUGAAGCCAUUUUGUCUAAAGGGCCGCCAAAGAGUGACAGCCAUUAUUGGCGUAAUAGGAUUAAUUCUUUCGUGCAUUCUUUUCCUUGUGCCUAUAUCUCGUGUUGCAAGCAUAAACCAGACACUGAAGAACAAUCACAUGUAUGAACAGGAAGUUGUUCAAAUCGAUAUGCCAUGGGCAGCUGCUGUUUCCGGUAUUGGCGCGUGCCUUGCUUUUCUUACUGCUGUUUCCCUGGCGUUCUUCACGUGGUUUGACGAGAGGCAUAAAUGGAACCGGUUCGAAGAAGAUUCUGCUAUUGUCUUUAAGAAUGACAAUAAACCAAAAGACGAGACUCAAGAAAGCGAUAGUAAAGCUGAAACUGGAACAUACGACAAUCUGGGUACCAUGAGCAAUAUAUAAGGAGCGUUAAUGCAACAAUCGUCUAGUUAGCAUGGAUCAUUGCUGGAACAGACUGCGUGUAUUUCAAUAGAAAUUAUCUAGAAUUAUUUUUAUUAUAUAAAAAUGUAAGCAGAAUUUUCUUUUAAAUCUAUUAUCUCAUAAAUGCAUAUCCGAACUUCGUUCUUAUAGUUACAGACAUUUUGAAUCAUAUCGUGCCUCGAUUUAGUAUCAAUUGACCAUCCACAAAAUUGAAACAGGCUGUUCAAUAUACUAUCUUUGACAAAAAAAAUCAAACAAAUCGGCUCAAUUUAUUUUAUGACCGUCAUAAUUUCGUUUAACGUUGGUCUUCAAAGAAAAGUUUUUUUUCCUAUUGCGCCUCUUUUCUGCGAUGAUUGAUAUUUCAAUUUUUUUCACUCUGGAUGUUUUCGAUGAGAGCCUAUGUCACCAAUGAAGAGACGGAUCUGUCUGGAAAAAACUGUACUUACGGCUACCUAACUUUAAUCUUCUGAUCCUGAAAUUUCCAGAACUACAAACAUAACCAGCGUAAAUGUUUAAGAUGUAAAUAAAUUAUUAUUCAGAUUUCAAUGAACUUCGAAUUUAUAGAAAUGAAUUAAAAAGUGUCUUUGCUGAAAAAGAAGACUCUCAGAGCAAAAUGAUCAUUUUUAAGGCGAUGUUCUUACAUAAUAACUAGGUUUGUUUUAUUUAGUAUUAUAAACCAUGAUUUGUGUAUUCAAAUAUCCUUACUUCUGUUAUGAACAUUUCCCCCUUUAUUAGAAC